AUGCGUUGGUUCGCAAUCAAGGUCGCAGCCAUUGCUGCAUGGGCGGCGGUAGUUGCCGGCAGAGACAUACCGAUCUCAGACGUUCACUACCAGAGCCAUGUGGCUGCGGCGCGAAGUCCCAAUUACUCGCAGCUGAAGAGCAAGCUGUCGAGUAAGGCGCAAGUACUGCUUCCCGGCUCAGCCGCCUUUACCAACGCAACGGCUCGGUGGUCUGCUCUGGAGGAGCCUACAGCCAACGCUGUUGUAGUCCCCGCCACGGAAAACGACGUCGUUGAGACGGUCAAGUUUGCCAACGCCAAUGCACUGCCGUUCCUCGCGACCAAUGGUGUCCAUGGAUCAAUCACCACUCUGGGAAGGAUGACUUCGGGCAUUGAAAUAUACUUGGCCCAGUUGAACACGGUUGAGAUCGCGAAGGAUGGGAAAACAGCGAAAAUCGGCGGUGGUAUUCUGUCCAAAAAUCUCACUGACGCGCUCUGGGCUGCAGGAAAACAGACGGUCACCGGCACCUGUGAGUGCGUCGGGUAUCUGGGCCCAGCUCUCGGGGGUGGACACGGUUGGCUCCAGGGUCAUCACGGUCUUGUCUCUGACCAAUUCGUGUCUUUGAAUGUGGUCUUGGCCAAUGGUAGCUUGCUUACGGUCACUGACAAGAACAAAGACCUAUUUUGGGCCUUGAAGGGCGCCGGUCACAACUUUGGUAUUGUGACUUCAGUUACCUCGAAGAUUUAUGACAUCGAGCACGCCAACUACGCCAUGGAGACACUGUUCUUCACCGGUGACCAGGUUGAGGCUGUAUACCAGGCCGCCAACGACAACUGGCUGACGGGCGGUACUCAACCUGUGGAUCUCAUCAACUGGUCGUACUGGUUUUUUGACCCAACCAUCGACUCGGAGAAGCCUGUCAUUGCAUUCUACAUCAUCCAAGAAGGAGUAGACGCUGUCAACCCGGCAUACACGGCACCAUUCUACAGCAUUGGGCCUAUCAUCAACUCGUCAGUGUCAGGCACUUACAGAGACCUUGCUGCAUGGACUGGCAUCUCCGUUGACGCAACCCCCUGCCAGAAGACUGGGAAUGCUAACCCGCGCUUCCCUAUCUACCUGAAGUCGUACAAUACUACCGCUCAGAAGCAGGUAUAUGAGCUUUUCAGGCAGGCUACCACCAACGCGUCUACUCCCUUCAGCAAUGCCCUGUUCAUGUUCGAGGGCUACUCCACCCAGGGUGUCAAGGCGAUUGGCGACGACGCUACUGCAUUCGCUUACCGGUCCGACAACCUUCUCGUUGCUCCUCUCCUGACGUACACCCCCAACGGACCCGAGCUUGAUGCAAAGGCUCUCAAGCUUGGCAACCAGAUUCGUCAGGCUUUGUUUGAAGGCAGCGGAGAAUCGACCCUUAACACCUAUGUCAAUUAUGCUUACGGCGACGAGACACCUGUGGCAUGGUACGGAAGUGAGGCAUGGCGCCAGAGCAAGUUAAAGAGCUUGAAGAAAUGUUAUGAUCCCAAGGGCCAAUUCAGCUUCUACGCGCCAGUUUUGUAG